GAUAGAGCACAAGCUGACCCCUGAGUACAGGACGUCCAGCCACGGCUUUUGCCACCGCAAAGCCGAAGUGACUUGGCAAAAUAGCAGAAUUGGGCAAUAGCCAUUUUCGUUGUUGUUGUUGCCCGUUACGUAAGGAGAAAGCCGAAAAUACUCGGGUCGCAGGAGUGGGGGGGUGUCCUAGGCUAUCUUAUGCCUACCUGCAAGCCAUACCCCUCCCGCGGGGCGGGGAGGCAGUACGGGGUGGGGGGGGGUGGGGGGGCUUUGUCUGGCGCUCCUUGCAUGCAGGCGACGGUGGGCAAGGGGACAAGGUGGGGGGGGAGACGGGCGGAGGGGUGGGGACCCUCGCGGUGCGGGACCGAGCUGCGGGGAGCCGGCGUUCGGCGCCUACCCGCAGCUCGGUCCGCACCGCGCCCGCCACAAAGGCGGCCCGGCGGUCCCCUACGUGACCGGCAGCGCAUGGCGCCCGGCCCGCUCCCCCCUCAGCACGGCCCCGCGCUAUCAGCCCGCCGCCCCCCCACCCGCCGCCGCCGCCGCCCCAGCCCAGAACAAAGGGCUAAGGGGGAGCGCCAGCGCCCCCAGCCCUCGCUCGCCCGCCGCCGCGCCCCAACGGCCACCAACGGCUCCCAACGGCCGUUGGGGAGACGGCGAGCCCCGAGCGCGGAGCGGCGCAAGCCUGAGGGGAAGGUGGAAGCGGGAUCGGGAUCCGCGUACGGGCUCCACUUCCCGCCGGAAACGGCAAGUGAAAGCCCGUACCGGAGAGAUGGCUCAGCGUCUGGGCGAAAUGCCUUCCUAAAAAUACAGCCUUAUCAAAACGUCUCUGAAGGCGUGGAGUUAAAAAUCCGAGCAAAUGGCCUCGAACGUCUACGCGCACAGCUCUGGAGAAAAGACCAGAAAUAG